AUGAACGGUCCUCCUACUUUUACCCAGUAUAGAAUAAACAAGUCUUCUGGGAAUGGGGCUACCCACAAGAUCAGGGAGCUACUGAACUUCAACGAUGAAAAAAAAUGGAAACUGUUUUCGAGCAGAAGACUGGAGUUGAUAGACAAAUUUCAGCUAAGCCAAUACAAGGCAAGCGAACAAGACCAGAACAUCAAGCAGAUCGCCACCAUAUUAAGGACCGAGUUCGGAUACCCUGUGAGUUGCUCCAAGGAAUUUGAGAAGUUGGUAACCGCCGCAGUGCAAUCCGUGAGGAGAAACAGAAAGCGGUCAAAGAAGCGUUACGCCUUGAGUAUAGCCAACGGUAACGGCGGCAACGGUAACAUCUCUUCGUCGAAUUCUACUUCCGACGAUGAGAUUUCUCCGUCCAUUUACCACCACACCAAUUCUGAGUUUUUACCUUCUUCCAACCAAACUACAGAUUUCCAGUAUCCAGGAAAGUUUCAACCUCUAAUGAGUCAUCAGAACAAUAGCGGGCGCAUUCUGCCAAACGUGUAUCCGCAAAUGGACCCUUCGCCGCCGGUCACUUCGACUCAGCAGAAAUACAACGAUAUAGUCACUAUGCUAGUGCAUGACCUCGUUACGAAUGCUGUGCCACUGUCGGAACAAGCUCUCAAGGACCCGUACAUUGGGCCGAACUUGUCUCAUUUCGCUAUGUCUUCGCUCAGCCAGCAGCCCAAUGUUGCCACCAGCAUCCCCAUAGAUUCCACCGUGCCCUUCUUCCUGAGGGAAAAACUACUGCUACAGAUACAAAGAUCAAGAACUUGCCAAGACAUUUCGCAAGCCGCAGGGUCCAUCGACCUUUACGCAAAUCUCGAGAUCCUGGGCGAAAUGUCAAUUCGAAUGUCCAUCGCAUUCGUCAUCGAGCGUUUCUUUUCCAACCUGGUAUCUUCAUCAAUGAAAUACAUCACUUCCAAGACCUGCUCUCCUGAAAACUUGGCCCUAUUGUCCCAAAGACUGUUUGGCUCCGCUACAAGACAUAAUUUAUCUCACUUCCCCGCGGCCCAGGUUCAGCUGAGAUUGCUGUAUUUGGUUAUUGGUGGCAUUGUCAAGGAUUUCGGGUUCGACCCCACUCUUUAUCCCUUGAGUGAAAUCAUUCACCACAUAGUAAUGGUCCAAUACCCUUUGGCUAACUCAUGCGCGACAGCUCCUCCACCUUCUUCAUCUAAUAAAAGAGUCAAGAGGAGUCCUCCCACCGUCCCCAGUGACAUAAUGAUGAACAAUAACACAUUGUCGAAUAGAGCCACGCUCUUAACCACGCUGCCCAUGAAGCCUCAAUCUGCCAAUAAAGAUGUCAACCGUCGGGUGAUCAUAAGAUUCAAUGAUCGCGAGCAAGCCUUCACGUUCCACCAGUUGAGUAAUGGCCCACCCACUGUGUCUGAAAUACUGGAAAACUGUAAGAAUUUAUUUAAUAUAAUAAACAAAAACAAGAAUUUCGGUAUUUUCCAUAACGACAACCUACUAAACGAUGAAACUUUAGCGAGAUUAUUCGAUUCAUUUUCCACAAAUGAGAUUGGUUUGGAGAUUAGAGACAUUUCUUCCAUCCCCUUACAAGAUAAUAGCAUGCCGCUACCCAUCCAACUACCCAAAAUGGCAUGCUUAGGGGAAAACCCCCCCAUUCCGUUGGUAUCACCUGAGAACGACGAUCCGAAAAAAUCAAGCUUAACUGCCUUUGAUAACAUCAUUAACAGAAUCUCUAAAUCACCAUUGAAUGAAGAUAACCCUAUUCCUACUGCAAACAUUAGCAUCACUGCCAGUGCAAAUAAUAAUAAUAAUCAUAAUGAACCUGUACCUGUACCAUCCGUCACCAAAAAUAAAAACUCUUUUCAAAAUGGCAAUCUGCCCCAGCCGGUUUUCCAGCCAUUACUGUGA